AUGGCCUCCCGGAUGAUUCUCUUCGCUUGCAUUAACUAUGUGGCCGUAAAGGAUGCUGCGCCACAGAUACUGCUGCAAAUGAAAGCAACAGGCAUGCAUUGCAGAGAUCGCCUCAUGACCGAAGCACCGGAUACACUUCGUAGGCGCGGAUUGCCGUGCCACAUGCCUUCAGAAUACCGCUCAGGUGCUGAUUGGGAUACCUUAGUAAACGCAUACAUGAUUCGGAGCGCACAGAUACAACUGCUUACUGCGUUCGCAACUAACACAUCAAUGCAUCAUGCUUUACAGUGGGUACCGUGCAUCCUUCAGCACCGCUUUGCUGACCAGCAAUCAACACUCCAUGAUAUCAUCGAGCUGCCCGGUCCCAAGUCCGGGGGCGGGAUGAUUCCCGCCGAAGUGAGGGUUUCCUGGGGAGGCGCGACCCAGGAGAGAGCCAUAUGUGCUCCCAGGCAAGUAGCUCAAGAUGCGAAGCCUAGCGUCAGACAGGUGACAUCGAGAGGCUUCGGCCAAGGGUUGGCUGAACAUGCCACCGUGCACACCACUCGUAACACAUACAUCCUCAACGAGGCCUGCGCGCAGAGCUCACUAGCUAAUCACGGGUUAGGCCCGAGCAAGGCAACAAGCACCGUAGAAGACUGCGCAGAUGCCUCACGCUCAGCUCUCCUAUGGCUCCUGCUGUUGAUCAUUGGCCCACCCAGGUCUCCGGCGUACAUCUUCCAGAAGCUCUAUAUCGGCACGAGGCGACUUCAACACGGACCUUCCGCAGAGGCCGGGCUACGUGCAAACGUCUUGGUAAGACACAGCCUGGUCGCCCUGAAUGCCAGCCUGCCUUGGCAGCCAACCUUUACAGGUCCAGUGAGGUUGAGAUCAGGUCGCCACAUGAUUUGCACCGCAGCGGGACGUAUCAUAGGACGCGCGGAUAAUCACCAAACGGCAUCCGCCCUCUUCGGUGGUUAUGCCGAAGCUUGCUCUGAGGCCUGA